CAACGCAGCACACGCGCGCACCUGCCUACGUCGCCAAAGCCCAAUGGCGCGAUCCACGGCGGCGAUCGCCGCCGUCGUGGCCGUGGUGGCCGCCAUGGCGCCGAGCCCGGCGGCCGGCCAGGGCGCGCCGGCGGCGGGGUCGCCGGCGCCGCCGUACAAGAACCACACGGUGGCCGGCGCCGACGGGUGGUUCUUCAGCGCGAAGAGCAACACCACCUCCGGGAACUACUCCGACUGGGCCGCCGGCGAGGCCUUCUACCUCGGCGACUACCUCAUCUUCAAGACGGACGAGAACUCGUCGGUGGUCCAGACGUCGAACGAAACCGCGUACUCGCUCUGCGACGCCGAGGGCUCGGACAUCCUCAUCUACAGCUUCAGUGGCGCCGAGCGGACGCACACCAUCGCCGUCCCGCUCACCGUAGAGGGCGCCAACUACUUCUUCUCCGACGCCGACGAGGGCGCGCAGUGCGAGCAGGGCAUGCGCUUCGAGAUCAAGGUCGCCCACGGCCGCGGCCUGCCGCCGGACCUCGCGAACCCGCCUCCGGCGCCCAAGCCGCGGGUCCUGGCGCCGCCCCCUGCCGGGACGAGCAUGAACCCCGCGGUCGCCGGCGCCGGCAACGGCAUCGCCGGCGACAUGACCGAGGGAGGCAAGAAUGGCGGGAGCAGAGCGGUUGGCGCGGGCGGCCGCUUCUUGGGGGUAGCUAUUGGGAUGGGGUUAGCAGUUUUGGCCGCUGCCUGAGGGAGUGGACCCACGUUGUCAGUUGUCACAGUCGUGAAAAUUUGUUUUGUAAUAUUAUUUUGUUGGAGCAAUAAGCUGAUCAUUCCAUUCCAUUUGUUCAUGCAGAAUUAAUAGGACUUGGGUUUUAUACAAUCCAGUUUUGUCGACAAUUCGAGCUGAACAUUUUUUUAAGUUCACUAUUUUGUUAAUAGGUAUUAUUAUAUCAGGUACAAUAACAGGCUAUA